AAAAAUUAUAUUUUUUGGUCUAUUUAGAUUAUUUAUAGUGAGAAGACUUGUAUGUGGAAUAUAUAUUCAAUUUAGUUUUUAGGUAAAAUUUAUAAAAAUGGGGCGCCGUUCGAUAAAUACCACGAAAAGUGGUAAAUACAUGAAUCCAACGGAUCAAGCAAGGAAAGAAGCCAGAAAGAAAGAGUUGAAAAAGAAUAAACGCCAAAGACAAAUGGUUAGAGCAGCUGUGUUGAAAAUGAAGGAUCCCACUCAGAUCCUAGAAGAACUACAGAAAAUUGAUGAAAUGGAGUACAAUGUCCUACAACCAUCACCAUUAAAUGAAAAAGUACUCAAAGAGAAGAGAAAAAAGUUAAAAGAAACAUUUGAUAGAGUGCUGAAGAUGUAUGUAAGUAUAAUAUGACAAGAAAUGGAAUAUGAGAAGAGGAGAGCUCAUUUAAUUUCAUACUAUGAGUCUGUGAAAUUGGCUCAAUCCGUGCAAGUUGAUGACAUCCCCUUACCCACAUUACAAAUGCCCGAGAACUAUGUGUAUGGAAACAUGGCCUCCCAAAUACCAAUGCCAAUGGACAUAGCACCACCUAGCGCGCCAAUGAAACCCAUUCUCAAAAAGGACUCUGUCUACAAAGAAAGGCCAGCGGGUGCCGAAGCCCCCGGCGUGCCUCCUGGCCCUCCUCCGGACUUCGCUCUGCUGCUGCUUGAGGCCGAGAAAGAAGAGAGGGAGGCUGGGAAGGAGAAGAAGAGUCUCCGGUUCUCCGACUUGCCCGAUGAAGGCCCGCCUGGAGAGAAAUGCAUCCCCAUGCCUACAAGUCUACCUCAAGCGUCAGAAGAUUACGACGGCGAAGCAGAAAACAUGGAACACAUGGAUCAGAAUAUGGAACAAAUGGACGAAGACCUGGAGCCAGCGAAUAACGCGGCUCCAAAACCUACGUCGCUACAGCAGAGGAUGUUAGCGCUGUCUGGACAGAAUAUAGACGACUUUAUGAAAGAAAUGGAAGAGGUGCACAGAAAGAGAGAAAGAGACAGAGCAGCGGACUUAAAUGCCAGGUUGACAGCACUGAAGCGAUCCGGCGGCCAUCGCGAUAGCGACUCCGAUAGCGAUAACGAAACGCCAAUGCCUCCACCAACCAUGCCAGCUAUGCCUCCGGAGUUCAUACUAGAGCCCCCUGGCGUCGAGAUGAGACAGAUGCCGCCACCGUUGAUACCACCGGCCGCGCCACCGGGCCCCCCGCGCCUGCUGCGGCCGCCCGGCCCGCCGCCCGGCGCGCCGCCGCGCCUGCUGCGCCCGCUCGUGCCGCCGCCGCCGCCCAAGCAGAUGCCGCCCUCCGUGCUCAUGGCCGCGCCCAUCAUACACAAGAAGGACGGCCCGCAAGGAGCCACAAUCACUGCCAAGCCCCAAAUCCGCAACCUCUCAGCGGACGUGACGCGCUUCGUGCCAUCCGCGCUGCGCGUGAAGCGCGAGGACAAGAAAGCCAGCAGCAAGCUCAAGCCGGCCGUGCAGCGCGCCGAGAGCGCGCCCAAGCCUGCGCCGAGCAAGGACGACGCCUACAUGCAGUUCAUGCGCGAGAUGGAGGGGCUCUUGUAGACGCAGGCUAUGUCACCAAAGCGAACCCACAUGUUUGCAUUACACGCCAUUGUGGAUCCAAUAGUCACACGCUGCUGUCUUUGGUCCUACUUUUAUCCUACUGUAGUGAGAGAAAUACAUAGCUCUAUUCGAUCAAUGGCUCAUUUUCGUAACAAGAAUGUCACUUUUGAGAAUGUUGCUAUAAAUAUGUCAUAGUGACACGAUCCCGAUCUGUCAGUGUUAAAAGUGUAAUUUCUGCAAAAAUGUCACUUGCCAUAAAUCGGAGUUGCAUUGAUUUACAUGUAUAGAAUAUUGUUCCACCACAACCUACUGUCUUGAAGCAAUAAUAAUAGUCGUUUUUCGUGACAUAUAAUGUACCAUAAAUAAAUACAAAGUCUGUAUUAAAUGAAGUAUCAUGAAAUACAAUAAUUGUUAAGUAUA